CGGUGUGUUUGUAUGUGUUUGGUUUUGUACGGGAAAGGGAGUACACUUGGUUCUGUCAUCGUCGUUCGUGUUGUCGUCUGACUUGGAUUGGAGGACUGACUGGUUAGACUUUGUCGUCGUCGGUAGUAGCAGUAGAGAGACUCUGCGCGUGUCUGUGAGCUAUGUCUGAUGUCUCUGAGCUCAAAAAGCUUGUAAAGGAUCUCCAAAGUGUCACCACCAAUGAGGAAAGAGUGUCCAUUCUGCAGAUUCUCAAGAAAAACUUCCAAGUCAAUGAAUCAAUCCUGAGGGAGAGCAAAGCUGGUCUCGCUGUCGGCAAACUUAGAACUCACGACGUUAAGGAAAUAUCUGACCUCGCGAAAGAAAUCGUCAAAAAGUGGAAGAACGAGGUGGAACGGGCAAAGGGCGGGUCUGGCAGCAAGUCAACCGCCAACGCCAAAUCGACAGGAGCAGCACCUCGCAAACCUGUUGCAUCUGCGACCCCGGCGAGCGGUAGUGUGACGCCCGCAUCGAAUGGCAAGUCCGAGGUGAGGACUGCCAAGAGCGACGGCGUUAAGAUUUCAGUGUCCGGGGACACUAUGAGGGACAGAUGUAUCGAGCUUAUCUACGACGGUCUAGCGUGCGAUUCCGCUGCUCGUAAGCUCUUCAUCCGAGUUUUCUUCGUCUCUAUCGCCACUGAUGUGCUGAACAUAGCAACUAACCUCAUCCUCGGCCGUGCAAAAGGGGUUGAACAGGCUGUAUUUGCCCAAUUCGGCCGUACCAGUCCGGAAUACAAGGGCAAGGUCCGAUCUCUGUUCGUCAAUCUCAAAGACAAAGGCAACCCAAAUCUCCGUGAAAGCAUCGUCAGCGGGGAGGUAUCCCCGGAAAAGUUUAGUAAAAUGACCAGCGAGGAAAUGAUGUCGGAGGAGAGGCGUGCCACCGAUCAGAAGAUCAAAGAAGAAAACUUGUUCAAGUCCCUCGGUGCAGGAGCACAAGAGGCGGAAACCGAAGGUUUCCAAUGCGGCCGUUGCAAACAGCGCAAGUGCCGUUACCGUCAAGCGCAGACUAGGAGUGCUGACGAACCGAUGACGACAUUCGUUACAUGCGUCAACUGCGGCCAUAAAUGGAAGUUCUCCUAGACAGGAUGACCUGGCAUUCCUCAUGCAAGUAUCGUAUGUUUUGCCUUCCUUUUAAUCCUAUGUACGUCUCUUCCAACGUAGUAUACCCAUCACUCUGGGACUGGCUCUUUUCGUUGCCCCGCAUUUGUG